AGGUCGAAGUGGGUCGGCUGGAUUGUUUCUGGCGAUUUCUGGGUUGCUCUCAGAAAGCGAAGUCUGGGGCGUUUCAGAGAUACUUUUAACCCGAUUCGUACAGGGGUCGCUGUCUUCCACGUAGGAAAGCAAAUUUUAGUGGCCCAAAUUUUUUGUUUGAUUCGAUUGUUUUAUUUUGAUUUUGAUAGGGUUGUUGUUACAUGCCAAAUCCGCCCAUUUGUUUUAGCAGUAGAUUGAACAGGGUGGUGUCUGAGUAUCUCUCUCAGACUCUCAGUACGUGCUGCGAUUUUUUAUUGAGAUUCAUGGCUCAAUUUUUUUCAGAUUUUCUGUUUGGUUCGAUUGUUUUAUUUUGAUGGGUUUGUUGUUACACGCGAAAACUGCCCAUUUUUCUUUGGCAGUAGAUUGAGUGAAGAAGUAUGUCUUUUUUUUCCCUCCCCUGAAGGAGGAAGUAUGGUUUACUUUCAGGUUUUUUUUGUUUGAUUUGAUUUGAUUGUUUUACCUUAAUAGGUUUGUUGUUACAUGCCAAAACUGCCCAUUCGUUUUAGCAGAAGAUUGAAUUGAAUAAGGUGGUGUCUUUCUUUGUAUAUAUGCGUUUUUUUUAAUUCGAUACAAGGUUGAAUUUUUCAGUUCAACAAGUGCUAUCGUGAGGGAAGAAUUGAAGAGUAAGAAAGAAUGGUUGAGAAGAAUCAGAAGUUUCUUACAGUGCCACCCUUUGAGUGUGCUUGGCGCAAGGAUCUUCGGUUUCGGGAAGCUGGGCGGGGGUGUGUGGCGUUUGAAGCAUUUGCUCACAACGAUGUCACCGUUGUGUUUCGGGAGCAGGUGGGAAGUCAACACUACCAUUACAAGAGGGACAAUAGCCCCCACUACACUGUGAUUCUUGGGAGUCACAGGAACCGACGGUUGAGAAUCGAAGUUGAUGGAAAAACUGUGGUGGAUGUGGCUGGAAUCGGUCUUUGCUGUUCGUCGGCGUUUCAGAGCUAUUGGAUCAGUUUCUAUGAUGGGUUAAUUAGUAUUGGAAGGGGGAGAUACCCUUUUCAGAAUCUUGUCUUCCAAUGGCUGGAUUCAAAUCCCAAUUGUAGUGUUCAGUAUAUUGGACUUAGUAGCUGGGAUAAGCAUGUUGGGUACAGGAAUGUCAAUGUAUUGCCUUUGACUCAGAAUCAUAUCUCCCUCUGGAAGCAAGUGGAUUGCGGCGGCGGCGAGCAUGAUGGGGUGGAGGACAGCGAGGAGGACUUGGAAGACGGACGUGCUAGUUAUGAAAGAUGGGGACUUGAGAAUUUUCUUGAGAGAUGGGAAUUGUCUGAUUUUUUCUUCAUUGCUGGUGUGGAGGAAAGGCUUGUCCCAGCUCACAAAGUUAUCCUUGCGGCAUCCGGUAAUUUUCAUUUGAGUUCAUCGGGUGAAGAUGUUAUCCAGCUCCAGUCUGCAUCCUACCCAGUUGUCCAUGCACUUCUUCAAUAUAUUUACACCGGCCAGACACAGAUUACGGAUGCACAACUUGGUUCUUUGAGGGCUCUGAGCUUACAAUUUGAAGUUAUGCCAUUGGUGAAGCAGUGUGAUGAAGUUGUUGAACGUCUCAAAUUGAAUAAAAAAUUGUUUGAAUCUGGUAAGAAUGUGCAGAUAUCCUAUACAAGCUGUCAACCCCAUAGUGGCACAAGCUUUCCUUUUGGAACCCCUGUCAAUAUUCAGAGGCUGAAGCACUUGCAUUCAACUGGUGAGCAUACCAAUGUGGACAUUUAUAUCGAGGGCCAUGGUCUUGUUGCCCAAACUCAUAAAAUUAUUCUUGGCCUGUGGAGUGUGCCAUUUACAAAGAUGUUCACAAAUGGAAUGAGUGAGAGCAUGUCCUCGAACAUUUGCCUAAAGGAUGUGUCUCCCCAAGCGUUCAAGUCUAUGCUCAAAUUUAUGUAUAGUGGGCAGCUUGUUUUGAAAGAUGACGUGGAUGAUGGUACCCUGUUACUCCAGCUUCUUUUAUUGGCAGAUCAAUUUGGAGUUACCCUACUUCAUCAGGAAUGCUGCAAAAUGCUUUUAGAAUGUCUCUCAGAGGACUCAGUAUGUCCAAUACUUCAAGUCGUUUCAUCAGUGCCAUCAUGUAAACUCAUUGAAGAAAUGUGCAAGAAGAAAUAUUCAAUGCAGUUCGAUUAUUGUACAACUGCAAGCACUGACUUUGUCUUUCUAGAUGAGGCAACUUUUACCAAUAUCCUUCAGCAUCCAGACUUAACAGUAACGUCUGAAGAAAGAGUUCUCAAUGCUAUCUUAUGCUGGUGCAUGCAAGCAAAGGAAUUGUAUGGAUGGGAAGUAGUUGAUGAGCUUUUGGAAUUUUCAAAACCUGAACUCUUAUUUGGAGAGAGGCUUGGCUCAGUAAAUGAUUUGUUGCCAUUUGUGCGUUUCCCCCUAAUGCCAUAUCCCUUGCUUAAGAAGUUGGAGAAGACCAACCUGAGCAGAAUUAUUUGCACAUUUGAUCAUCUUGUAAAGGAGUCCAUUAAUCACAUAGAAUUUGGAUUGUCAAGGGUGGAAAAUGACCAGAACAUCAGAUUUCAACAUAGGCGAUCAAGUUAUAAGGAGCUCCAGUAUAUAUGUGAUGGGGACAGCAAUGGAGUUUUAUACUUUUCAGGCACAUCAUAUGGGAAACAUCAGUGGGUAAACCCUGUUCUAGCGAAGCGAAUCACUAUUUCUGCUAGCAGUCCCAUUUCGAGGCACACCGACCCUAAAGCCUUAGUCUCAAGGACAUACCAGGGGACCUUUUUUGCUGGGCCUCGGUUGGAGGAUGGGAAGAAAUGUGCAUGGUGGAUGGUCGAUAUUGGCCAAGAUCAUCAGCUUAUGUGCAACUAUUACACCUUGAGACAGGAUGGGUCAAGGGCCUACAUAAGGUCCUGGAAUAUUCAGGGUUCUGGGGAUGGGAAGGGCUGGACAACCUUGAGAGUGCAUGAGAAUGACCAAACAAUGUGCAAACCUGGUCAGUUUGCAUCGUGGCCCAUAACCGGCCCAACUUCUUUGCUUCCUUUCAGAUUCUUCAGGGUCAUCCUGACCGAUCGAACCUCCGAUGAUUCUAAUCCCUGGAACUUCUGCAUUUGCUUCUUGGAACUCUAUGGCUACCUCCGCUGACUGACUUGGUCUGGGUUGUUGUGGCUAAUUUUUGGAAUAAGUGAAGAAGGGGAUGGAUUAGGGGGCUUGAGUUAACGUCUGUACACUUAGAGUUCAUGUUUUAUUUUCUUCAAACGCUUUCUGGUUAAAUAAAGUAACCGAAUUCGUUCCUUUUGUAAUGAAACGAGAAGUGCUGAAAGGAACAAAAUUUCAUGAUCUGUA